AUGGUCAACUGGCUCAAAAUGAGGAAAAAGGAGGCAGCAAUAAUCAAGUUAGAUUUCAAAAAGGCAUAUGAUAGAGUCAGGUGGAACUUUGUGGACAUAGUGCUGCAGAAGAUGGGGUUUGGCAAUAGAUGGAGAUCGUGGGUGAUGGAGUGUGUCUCCACAACAUCUAUGUCGGCAGUCAGGAAUGGGCGUAUAUCACCUCUGGUGAUUGGCAGAGAUAGUAUAGCGCUGUCACACCUUCAACUUGCUGAUGACACAAUCCUGUUCUGCCCACCAGAGAUGGACACUAUCAAGAAUUACAGGCGACAAUUGAGAUGCUUUGAGUUGAUGUCAGGUCUCAGUAUCAAUUUUGACAAAUCAAGUUUGAUUCCGAUAAAUUGUGAAGAACAGUGGGCCCAGAAUAUGUGUCAGUUGUUGGGGUGUAAGGGUGAGUCCCUUCCAGUCAAAUACCUGGGUAUUCCCUUAGGUGCAAAUCUGAGGUUGGUGAAGACCUGGAAGCCUAUAAUAGACAGAGUGGAGGAGAAGCUAAGUCUGUGGAAGGCUAAAAUUUGGAAUAAAGCUAGAAGGUUGGUGCUGAUUAAAUCAGUAUUAAAUAGUCUGCCUGUGUAUUAUUUAAGUUUGUUCAAAUUGCCAAAAGCUGUUGCUGAGAAAUUGAUUUCACUGCAAAGAAGGUUCUUGUGGAAUAAGGAUGAUGGUAGUAAUGGGAUGGCAUUAGUAAAAUGGGACGUGGUGCAGGCCCCGAAAAAACUAGGCAGAUUGGGAGUUAGGGAUGCUAUGGUUCGCAACACAGCUAUGUUGUUUAAGUGGUGGUGGCGAUUUACUAAGAAGGAUUGCCCGUUAUAG